AAGAAGCCUAAGGUUCUGAGCUGAAAGCCAAGUGCCCCAUAUAUGCCUGGGUGAUGCGGAGGCAAGUUACACUUUUUUAGAAGAAGGCUCCAGGUGGUUUAAUUUUCUCUGUCAGCCACAGCUUUGAAGAACAAUGUGAAGAUUGUAUAGGAGACAACACAUCAAGAAUCUACUUCUUGAGUUCUUCUAAAACAAAAGCCAGGAGCUCCCUAAUGUAAACACGUUAGUGUUUAUUUUGAGGAGGAAAUAUAUAGAUUAAAAACAACCACGACCACCAUCAAAUAGCUGAGUCCCCCCGCCCCAAAAAAUACCUAAUUGGAAGAUGUCAGUGAACAAUUCUUCCAAUGUGUUUCUGGACUCAGUGCCCAGUAAUACCAAUCGCUUUCAAGUUAGUGUCAUAAACGAGAGCCACGAGAGCAGCGCUGUGGUGGACGACAGCGACCCUCCGCAUUACGAGGAAACCUCUUUCGGGGAGGAAGCCCAGAAGAGAUUCAGAGUCAGCUUUAGGCCUGGGAAACAGGAGUGCUAUGACAAUUUCCUCCAAAAUGGAGAAACCACCAAAACAGAUGCUAGUUUCCAUGCUUAUGAUUCUCACACAAACACAUACUACCUGAAAACCUUUGGCCACAACACGGUGGAUGCUGUUCCCAAGAUCGAGUACUAUCGCAACACUGGCAGCGUCAGUGGGCCCAAGGUCAACCGACCCAGUCUGCUGGAGAUUCAUGAGCAACUUGCUAAGAAUGUGGCAGUGGCCCCAGGUUCGGCUGACAGGGUGGCUAACGGUGAUGGGAUGCCGGGAGAUGAUCCAGCUGAAAACAAAGAAGAAGAUAAAUCCGGUGCUGUGAAGUUUGGAUGGGUGAAAGGUGUGCUGGUAAGAUGCAUGCUGAAUAUCUGGGGUGUCAUGCUCUUCAUUCGCCUCUCCUGGAUUGUUGGAGAAGCUGGAAUUGGUCUCGGAGUUCUCAUAAUUCUUCUUUCCACCAUGGUAACUUCUAUUACUGGGUUGUCAACUUCCGCAAUAGCAACUAACGGGUUUGUUCGUGGAGGUCUUGGCGUCAUCGUCAUUGGCCUGAGUGUGGUGGUGACAACACUCACAGGUAUUUCUAUGUCUGCCAUUUGCACAAAUGGAGUCGUAAGAGGAGGUGGAGCCUACUAUCUUAUUUCCAGAAGCUUAGGGCCAGAAUUCGGUGGGUCAAUAGGCUUGAUCUUUGCUUUUGCCAAUGCAGUGGCUGUUGCUAUGUAUGUGGUGGGAUUUGCUGAGACUGUGGUAGACCUUCUUAAGGAGAGCGAUUCAAUGAUGGUGGAUCCAACCAAUGACAUCCGGAUAAUAGGCUCAAUCACAGUGGUGAUUCUUUUAGGAAUUUCGGUGGCUGGAAUGGAAUGGGAAGCAAAGGCUCAAGUGAUCCUUUUGGUUAUUCUUCUUAUUGCUAUUGCAAAUUUCUUCAUUGGAACCGUCAUUCCAACCAACAAUGAGAAGAAGUCCAAAGGUUUCUUUAACUAUCAAGCAUCAAUAUUUGCAGAAAACUUUGGGCCGAGCUUCACAAAAGGCGAAGGCUUCUUCUCUGUCUUUGCCAUUUUUUUCCCAGCAGCUACUGGGAUUCUUGCAGGUGCCAAUAUCUCAGGAGAUUUGGAGGAUCCCCAAGACGCUAUCCCCAGAGGAACCAUGCUGGCCAUUUUCAUCACCACUGUUGCCUACAUAGGAGUUGCUAUUUGUGUAGGGGCCUGUGUGGUCCGAGAUGCCACUGGAAACGUGAAUGACACUGUCAUUUCCGGGAUGAACUGCAAUGGCUCAGCAGCCUGUGGGCUGGGCUAUGACUUCUCGAGGUGUCGCCACGAGCCAUGUCAGUAUGGGCUGAUGAACAAUUUCCAGGUCAUGAGCAUGGUGUCAGGGUUUGGCCCCCUCAUCACGGCUGGCAUCUUUUCUGCAACACUCUCCUCCGCCCUGGCCUCCCUCGUCAGCGCUCCCAAAGUGUUCCAGGCUCUGUGCAAGGACAACAUCUACAAAGCCCUGCAGUUCUUUGCAAAAGGAUAUGGGAAAAACAACGAGCCGCUGAGAGGAUACAUUCUCACCUUUGUUAUCGCCAUGGCAUUCAUUCUUAUUGCGGAACUGAACACCAUCGCUCCCAUCAUCUCCAACUUUUUCCUGGCCUCGUAUGCACUUAUUAAUUUCUCCUGCUUCCAUGCCUCUUAUGCCAAAUCUCCAGGAUGGAGACCCGCGUACAGAAUUUACAACAUGUGGGUAUCUCUUUUUGGGGCUGUUUUGUGCUGUGCAGUCAUGUUUGUCAUCAACUGGUGGGCAGCUGUCAUCACCUACGUCAUUGAGUUCUUCCUCUAUAUCUAUGUGACCUAUAAGAAGCCAGAUGUGAACUGGGGCUCCUCCACCCAGGCUCUUUCCUAUGUAAGUGCUUUAGACAAUGCUCUGGAAUUAACCACAGUGGAAGACCAUGUGAAAAAUUUCAGACCCCAGUGCAUUGUCUUAACAGGGGAACCCAUGACAAGACCUGCUCUCUUGGACAUGAGUUACGCCUUUACCAAGAACAGUGGUCUUUGCAUAUGCUGCGAAGUCUUUGUGGGUCCACGCAAGCUGUGUGUUAAAGAGAUGAACAGUGGCAUGGCGAAGAAGCAGGCCUGGCUUAUAAAGAACAAAAUCAAGGCUUUCUAUGCUGCAGUGGCGGCAGAUUGUUUCAGGGACGGUGUCCGGAGUCUCCUCCAGGCCUCAGGCUUAGGAAGAAUGAAACCAAACACUCUGGUGAUGGGAUAUAAAAGAAACUGGAAGAAGGCUCCCUUAGCAGAGAUCGAGAACUACGUGGGAAUUAUACAUGAUGCGUUUGAUUUCGAGAUUGGUGUGGUCAUAGUCAGAAUCAGCCAAGGGUUUGACAUCUCUCAGGUUCUUCAGGUACAAGAUGAGUUAGAGAAAUUAGAACAGGAGAGACUGGCUUUGGAAGCGACUAUCAAAGACAACGACAGUGAGGAAGGAAGUGGAGGCAUCCGAGGCUUGUUUAAAAAAGCUGGCAAGUUGAACAUUACUAAGACACCUUCUAAAAAAGACAGCAGCAUUAACACAAUCCAGUCUAUGCAUGUGGGGGAGUUCAACCAGAAACUGGUAGAAGCCAGCACCCAAUUUAAAAAGAAGCAAGGAAAAGGCACAAUUGAUGUUUGGUGGCUGUUUGAUGAUGGAGGGUUAACACUCCUUAUCCCCUAUAUCUUGACUCUCAGGAAAAAAUGGAAAGACUGUAAAUUAAGAAUCUAUGUCGGAGGGAAGGUUAACCGCAUUGAAGAAGAAAAGAUUGCAAUGGCCUCCCUUCUGAGCAAGUUUAGAAUAAAAUUUGCAGACAUUCAUAUCAUUGGUGACAUCAAUAUUAAACCAAACAAAGAAAGCUGGAAAGGCUUUGAAGAGAUGAUAGAACAAUACCGGCUCCAUGAAAGCUGCAAAGAUCUAACAACUGCUGAGAAAUUGAAGAGAGAAACUCCAUGGAAAAUUACAGAUGCUGAACUGGAAGCAGUCAAGGAAAAGAGUUACCGCCAAGUUCGACUGAAUGAGCUCUUACAGGAGCACUCGAGAGCUGCUAAUCUCAUAGUCCUGAGCCUCCCAGUGGCCAGAAAAGGAUCCAUAUCAGACUGGUUGUACAUGGCUUGGCUGGAAAUCCUCACGAAGAACCUCCCUCCUGUCUUACUAGUUAGAGGAAACCACAAAAAUGUCCUGACGUUUUACUCUUAAAUCAUGAAAAAUCACAGCACAUUUUAACUUAACAUAUGGAUGAUUAAGAACCGGUCCAGUACUUGAUAUUGUAAAUCCGAUCCACACUUAGGCAACCCCUGGAAGCUAUAGUACACGUUUCUACAUACAUUUUGUCAUUACUUUUUUAUUAGUUAACAGGAGCUUUUUUUCUUCUGUCAGCUUAAGGGCAGUGUCAAAGCCACUGGCACAUCUGAGAAAAACAUCUUUGUCAUUGCUGUUGACACACCAGAAAA